AUACGUGAGCAUCAACCGAUUGGUCACGAAUCUGAACCUUUUCGGCGAAGGAACGGAUCACGAAGAGCUGCUACUCGAGGAGGCCCUUGUUCGUAACUCCACGCUCACCACGCUUAGAAUUGGUAGGCUUUGCGGUGGUGAAAGAACUGUGCGUUUCCUCACCAGGAUACUCGCAGAAUGUACCGGCCUAAAGAAUCUCUCACUUGGUGGCUUGCGGGACGAGUUUGUUAAUAUACCAGAGGCAACAUUGACCUCCUGCGUAGACGCACUGGCGGUUAACGAAAUAUUGGAAGAACUCACACUUCCGUAUUCCUUGUGGCAUUCGAACAACUGGAUCACUUUCUUCGCGUUCCUACCAAGAAAUAAGUGUCUAAGGAAGCUAGAAGUUUCCAAUGUGUUCCAAAGAUAUUAUGAAACACAUCCGCCUGUCCUUGAAGCACUGGCACACACAGAUGCACCGCGACGCGUUUCUUUCGGGUCCUACACACACAGAACUGCACAAGUAGACCUGAUGCAUUUCAGUGCCUUUUCAGGUAUGAAUAUUCAUGGAGGCACGAGCGCUCAAGUAAACGCUUUACAGCGACUGCCUUCGUUGAAUCACUUCACUUCCCUCUCAAUAGGUUUACAGGAGCCCGAUCAACGUUUGUUUUACUCUGCCGCCAAUUACUUCCGUGCGACAGCCGUGCUUCGCAGACUGAGUCUGUUCGUCGGGGACGCAGCGGAAGAUGCGCCCUCAUCGUGCUGGACGCUUCUCAUCGAAUCCAUCUCGGCCAACACCAGCAUCGCAGAUCUCUGGAUUUACAGCAGUGACACUUUCUCGUAUACUGGCCACCUCGCUAGAACUGUCACGCUCAGUAGGUGCAUCACGCGAGUGUCCUAUUCAGGAAAAAGAGAAGGAUGGAAACCCAAUGGGUUUGUUUUGCCGAUGUCGUAUGCAAUCGGUGACAACUAUAAUCUCCUGAAAGUCAAGCUUUCCUGCUACCCUAGAAUGGACGCCGAAGCGAGGCGCUGCUGGUUCACCAUCAGGGAAACGACGCGGAGGAACUCUGGCCUAGUUGAACGUGCAGCUGCCUUCAACCAGGCCACACAACUCGAUUGGUACACCGCCACCGCGUUAGAGAAGGUCUCACGAUCUUCAGGCCUAAUCAGAGAGCUCGCGGAGAAGGAUGGCAUCGCCGUAUCCGAUGUGGCCAGGAUGGUGCGAAGUCGUCUCAGGAGCGUCGAAGGGCUGCACGACUUCAUGCGACUCACCGGAGUGGUCAAGGAAUGUGUGACGUGUGCGCCACCUGUCCGCAGUUGCGGCAUGCAACUGCAGGACUUGAACGACGACUGCUGGCGCCUGGUGAGGCGAUACCUGAGCUUCGACGAUGUGAAGUGUUUCACCAUUGCCAAGUUGCGUCACUUCACGUCUAGCUGAGCAUCGGAAACAAAAGAGCAUAUCGAGCCAGAGAAACUGAACAGCUUUAGCUGAACAUUGGAAAUAAAAUUUCAGCGCGCUGGAGGACCUCAACUAUACGUACGCCUAUAUACUCCCUCAUUAUCAUCAAUUGAUUUUGUAAAUUGUUUUUAUCGGCCAAUCAUGCGGGUAAUCCGCUCUCAGAGAGCAGCUCUUGUGCGCCCGUUUGUGACUUUAGCUUUGUGUUAGUGCGUAACCGAAUGAACGAUUAGCACCGAGAAGGAUGGAAUAAUCCCCGCCUUUGCACACCGUACAAAUGGUAAACCAUUGAAGGUGAAACGUGCAUGCGCGAUGUUUAUCACUGGGUUGAUCCUGGCAGGUCAAUAAG